UUCAACUUCCUCGUUUGUCUGUGAGUGGUGCUUCCUCUUUCGCUUACUAGCAUGAAUGUUUUUUGGGGUGAGGCUUCAAAAAGAGUUUGGUAACGGUUAACUUUGACAUAUUAGAAAACAAUCUCACAGAACAGACGUUUAAACGGAUUGGCCUGACUCUGACCAGUUAGUUUGGUUUCAGAUUCAAAUUGUUUUGUGGGGCUGAUGAGACUUGCACAAGAUGGCAGUUGUGUGUUCAUUGAUGGAUGUUUGACAAGUCUGUGGUAUUUGUAGUUGUGGCAAUAUCUGUCGAUGUAGUUUAGGUGCUGUCUGCUUGAGUCUAUGUUUAUGCGUUGGAAAUGUUGGGAGACACCAGCACCCUGUCUUGGAGGAGCAUGUCUCCCACCGGCCAACCCAAGACCCCAGACAUGUCCCCCACGGCGACGACUGGCAGCAACAGUAUCUUCCCGGUGAAGAUUAUCAAAGUGUGUUUCCUCAGCAACAGCUUCAACCUCGGCAAGAACUUCAAAUUGGUCCGCUGCGAUGAAGGAAUGGCAGUCAAGGAUGUCAUCAACAUUGUCCUGUCGGGUGGCUGCGUGGGUCCUGGCAUAAAACACACCCAGUGCUACGGGCUCCUCCUCAAACACCUCAAGUCGUCCGAGAUACACUGGCUGCACCCGGACCUGACAAUGACUGAACUCACCCAGCGUUACGAGCAGCAGCACCUGGAGGCUGAGUGGAGAUACGACUUAAGGAUCAGGUACAUUCCAUCAAACUUCUUAGCAAAAUUCCAAGAGGACAGAACCACCAUGCUCUACUUUUACCAACAGGUACGCAGCGACUAUAUGCAGCAGUUUGCCUCAAAAGUCAGCGAUGGGAUGGCUCUCCAGCUUGGUUGCCUGGAGAUUAGGAGAUUCUACAAAGACAUGAAUCCAAACGGACUGGAGAAAAAGUCCAACUUUGAGCUGCUAGAGAAGGAAGUUGGACUGGACUUGUUCUUUCCGAAAGAGCUUAUCAACAGCAUGAAGCCGAAACAACUGCGUCGCAUGAUCCGGCAGACAUUUCAAGGCUACGGCACUCUGAACCAAGAACAGUGCAUGGUCAAGUUCUUCAGCACUCUGGCUCAGUGUUACAGCUAUACACAGGAGAGAUUUGCCUGCCAGCUGGUGCAUGGUUGGCGUGUAACAAUCGACUUGGUCAUUGGAUCUGAAGGUAUCAGUCAGCAAACUGACAAUUCAACACCUGUCCUCCUGGCCACAUUCUCCCAGGUGAAUAGUAUCUUGUUCUCUAAAGAGAGCCAUGGCCGAGCUCUGCUCACUGUAUACAUAGAGGGAACAAAACAGCCCCUCUCAGUGAGUACAGAGUCUAUGGCUGUAGCAGAAAACAUGGCCAACCUAAUUGAUGGCUUCUGCCAGAUAGAGCGCUCCUCUGAGGGCUCACUCAUUAAGAGGCCUAGCAAAGUGAGACUGAAACUGCCCGACAUUCCAAAACGCAAUGACUUGACUGGACCAAAUAGAGAUUCGGACAUUUAUGCUGAGAUUCCUGAGAGCCCGACAAACCCUUGUGAGAAGCAAAGGAUCUCCCGAGUAAAUGUAAUUUUAGGUCAGAUCCUGGGUGAGGGCUUUUUUGGAGAGGUUCAUGAGGGUGUGUAUAAAAGCCCGACAGGCGACACAAUCCAAGUGGCCAUCAAAACCUGCAAGGACUGCUCAGCAGGCGUGAAGGAAAAAUUUCUCAGUGAAGCUGAUUUAAUGAAAAAUCUGGACCACCCACACAUUGUGCGCCUAAUUGGAGUCAUUCAUGUUGAUCCGGUCUGGAUUGUCAUGGAACUCUAUCAACAUGGAGAGCUGGGGAACUAUCUGAAGGAGCAGAAAUCGACCCUGAGAACAGCAACAUUAAUACUGUACUGUCUACAAAUCUGCAAAGCCUUAUCAUACCUGGAGAGCCUCAACAUGGUGCACAGAGAUAUAGCAGUGAGAAACAUCCUUGUGGCAUCUCCUGACUGUGUCAAACUUGGUGACUUUGGUCUCUCUCGUUACAUAGAUGAUCAGGAGUACUAUAAAGCAUCUGUUUCAAGAAUGCCAAUCAAAUGGAUGGCUCCAGAAUCUAUCAACUUCCGACGGUUCACCAUUGCCAGUGAUGUCUGGAUGUUUGGUGUGUGCGUGUGGGAGAUCUUUUCCAUGGGCCAACAACCAUUCCUCUGGCUGGAAAACGGACAGGUGAUCACCCAACUGGAGUCCGGCGUCCGACUUCCCAAGCCACUGUUGUGCCCGCCCACUCUUUACUCUCUGCUGACCAGCUGCUGGGCCUAUGAGCCGUACAUCCGUCCGAGCUUCCGCCAGCUCGUCUGCUCCCUGAGGGACCUUCUCAAAAUGGAGGAGGCAGAUUCACCACACCGCAUCUCGUCCAGCUCGCCACUGGGCCAUGACCACACCGAGCCUCCACCAAAGCCUUCCAGAGUGCGACCCACCAGCCCCCUCGCCUCGCACAGUCAGGGAACAGCCUGGGACGUACCACUUUGGGAGAAAGGGCAAGAAAACGUUGACGACACUCUACGAAGGCAAAAAAGAGAGAUGGCGAUGGAUAGUCAGUGGCUGGAGCAGGAGGAGCAACAACUGGAUCCUGCUGUACGAAAAGCUUCAAAUACAAAGCUUCCAGAAAAAAAUGCAGCUGACUGUUCUCCACCAACGUCCCCCGUGACACCUGACAUCACAUUGUCUUGUCCCACAGCUGAAUUGGACCGAUCGGAUGAUCAGGUUUACUCCGGCGUCAUGGCGAUAGUCAGACAAGUGGUCCAGCUGAAGAAUGAGGUCAACAUGCUGCCAGCCUCAGAGUACCCCAACGCUGUCAAAGCAGUUGGCGUCACUCUGCGAAGCCUCAUUCAACACGUUGAUGAUAUCCUGCCUUCCCUGCACGUCUCGAUUACAAACGAGAUCAUAGGCACAAAGAAGCUGCUGAACAAGGAUUUAGGGGAGUUGAUCAAUAAAAUGAGAUUGGCCCAGCAGAACUCAGUGACAACACUGAAACAGGAGUGCCAACGACAGAUGCUGGCUGCCGCACACACCCUGGCACUGAACUCCAAGAACCUGCUGGAUGCUGUUGACCAAGCCCGUGUCAGGGCCAACCUUGUCAGGUUGAGACAAGAUGAGGACAGCUCGGGGCAAUAAGGUGUAUUCUGUUAUUUGUUUUAGUGUAGAAGAUGUGGGACAUGCAUACAAAACCGAAAUAUGUAAUGGAGAAAUAUAACAUUUGUCUGAACUGCACUCUUGUGUUUGUUCAAAAAGGGAAAAAAAACGAACUGAUGAAGGCUGUGCCGAAAGGUAAUCUGAAUGUCAGAUUAAAGAUAAUUUCUUCAUCUGCUAUAGGGUGGGCUAUGUUGGUUUUUGAAUUUCAGAAUUGGACAUCUGCCACAUGACCACAAAAUUUACAUUCACAAAGCCUUGUGUGUGUUUAUGUCAUCUCGCUCAAAUAGGAUAGGACCGGAAGGGAAAUAUCCUCGGCAAAAACCAGAAUUUGAAGAGGGGCUACUGUGUGUCUCCCGGCUGUCUUGAAAAAGCUUGAGAUCCCUCAGGAGGAGUUGGAUAACAUGGCGGGGGAAGGAAGUCUGCUUUAUUUACUGCCCCAUGACCAGACCUUGGAUCAGUGGAAGAGCAUAUGGAAAACAAUUCUAUACUUUUGUAAAUUUCUACGGAUUGUAAGAAAGGGACAGGACUAGAUAAUCUUAAAUACCCGUUCCUCAUAAACAGGUUUUAUUAUAUUUGAGUAUUAGAUAGUUCUCUGUGUUUAUUUUUUAAUGCUUUUCCAUUAGACUGGUUAACCUUUGUUUUUAGUAAAUGACCUGUGCAGAAUCAUGUGAGUCUAAAGUUAAAAAACAAAACAAAAACCAAACAGGAUGCAAAGGCCGCGUUCUGAAAUUCACUGACGCCCGUGCACUACUCUGACAUUGGCUGUGCCCAAUUGCACAGGACGGACACCCCCCCACCAGCGUCGCUUGACGCCACUUCCAGCCCGAUUCCACUGCACGCUGUGUCCAAAUUCGCCACGGUUUAAGCGGUCCACGGAGGAUGAAUGAGGACAAGCCCUUGAAGGCGUUGGAGGACCCAGCCUGCGAAUUUUGUCCUCCUACAAUUUGGAAACCACAUGCAGUUGAAAGCCCGAGAAGUGACUGCAUUCGACCGGAAUGCAGUCUUCGGAUGACGCGGCCUGUGAAUUUCGACAGAAACAACCCCACAAUGUUCGGAGAGACAAAGUGCACUCCGCUCAGAGUAAAAUUCGAUCGCAGCCUUCGUUCUCACCAAUCAGCAAUUUGUUCUUGAGGUGUAAAUUCAAGCAGCGCAUCGGCGGUGAACUCAUGCGCGCUCCGAGCGUAUUUCCGCCCAUACACACGCGAACAUACAAACCUGGUCUCGGUCGUGUUCGGAUCGAAGUUCAUUAUCAGAAAAGAAUGACAACACAAUGUAAAUUUCAGUUUAUUCAAUGGAAAGGACCUUCGGUAAAUAACAGUGAUUCCCAUAGUACACACAAAGGACAUAAAUUAUAGAGGCAAAUGAAAGAAGUGUGUGUGUGUGGGGGGAGGGGGGGGGGGUGGAAUCCACACUGCCCAGAGGGACACUGAGCAGGGUGCGGAAGAAUCAGUGAAGUCUGAAUUUGUCAUUCAUCAUGUGAGCAGUUUCAUUUAUCCUGUACAUGAAAUUCUAAAUGAUAGUACAAAAAGGAAUACAAAACACAAAAAACAGUACAACUGCUCGCAAAUUAUCCAUAAAUAUUGAUCCACAUUGGUUUGACAAAACAAUGACUUCUGUAAACAUUUUCCACAUCAUGUGUGCAUUACUAUUUCAAAAAAACACAGCAGUCGCAUAGUUAUCUGAAAGAAUCUCAUGUUAAAGACUAAAAAGUAAGCCCAGUUUAAAAAAUAUGCCACUUUUUUGUGCCAUCUUUGUGACAUUUCUUUGCAACACUGCUGCAAUUCUGGCCUCCUAUUUUCACAGAUGGACUGAAGUUUAGGUGGGCGAGAUGGAACUGGAUGUUGAUCUUUUUUGUACACCAACAGCUGCAAAAUGUGAUGUGAGGUGAUGAAUGACAGCAGUGGUGUCAUAUUUUAUAAGAUGGGAGGGGGG